AUGAAAUGGCAUGUUAAUGGUCGUACUGAUGAUGGGGUAAUGCGGCAUCCUGCUGACUCAGAUGCAUGGAAAAUGUUUGACAAUAAGCAUUUACACUUCUCAUCUGACCCUCGUAAUGUCAGACUUGGAUUAGCUGCGGAUGGGUUCAACCCCUUCGGAAUUAUGAGUAUUAGUCACAGUACGUGGCCUGUCAUGUUGGUCCCCUACAAUCUCCCACCUUGGCUGUGCAUGAAACGGUCAUCUUUGAUUCUAUCAUUAGUUAUUCCUGGUCCUACCUCACCAGGGAUUGCUAUAGAUGUGUACUUGGAAUCGUUAGUAGAAGAACUAAGGGAGUUAUGGGAUGUUGGAGUACAAGCAUACAAUGCAUCUUCAAAAGAAGUAUUCCAAUUGCGUGCAGUACUGAUGUGGACCAUAAAUGAUUUUCCUACAUAUGCAGAUUUGUCGGGUUGGAGUACCAAAGGUGAGUUGGUGUGUCCUUCUUGUGCCGUGAAGACCAAGUCUCAAUAUUUGAGAAAUGGUCGCAAAUUCUGUUACAUGGGACAUCGGCGAUGGUUGGAUGUUAACCACGAUUUCCGCAAAGAAGGUAUGUCAUUUGAUGGAUCUAAUGAUACUCGAUUGGCUCUUGAACCACCAGUCACAUCUGACAUUAUUGUGGAAACUGAACAUUUACUUGGACGUUGUCUGGGUAGGAAAUGUCAACUUGCUUACAAAAAAAAGGAAGACAAAAAAAAGGAAGAGAAGAAGGGAGGCAGACCAGAGUGGUUGGAAGAAAAGGAGUAUAUGUUUCACCUUGCCUUAUUGGGAGGAUCACCACACAAUCUUGAUGUGAUGCAUAUAGAGAAGAAUGUGAUGGACAAUAUACUAAGCACACUAUUGAAUUUGAAGGAUAAAACGAAGGAUAAUUACAAGGCACGCCUUGACUUGGCGGACAUGGGGAUAAGGAGUGAACUCCACCUACAACGAAAAAGUGAUGAUCAGUAUACCAUACCGGCCGCAUGUUUUCAUAUGACUUCAUCAGAGAUAGAUGGUUUCUUGCAAGUUUUGAAGGACGUAACAGUGCCUGAUGGGUACGCUUCCAAUAUCUCACACCGUGUGAAUAUGAAAGAACGCAAGAUUUUUGGUUUAAAGAGUCAUGAUAAUCACAUAUUGAUGCAACAACUUUUUCCCAUAGCAUUACGUGGGUCUUUGCCAUCUCAUGUUACUAGGUCUUUGAUAAAGUUAGCUUGCUUCUUUAGAGAAAUUUGUUCCAAAACCCUCACGGUUUCAGAUAUUGUGACUAGUGAGGCAGACAUUGCAGUGACAUUGUGUGAAUUGGAAAAGAUAUUUCCUCCAUCCUUCUUUAUAGUGAUGGUACAUUUGGUCAUGCACUUAGCUGCUGAAGCUCAGAUUGGUGGUCCAGUGCACUAUCGUUGGAUGUAUCCAAUUGAGAGGUACCUCUCACGUCUUAAGUCUUACGUACGAAAUAAAGCUGUUCCAGAAGGGUUUAUUGCUGAAGGAUACAUAGUAGAGGAGUGCUUAGCAUUUUGUUCACGGAUGCACAAAAGAUUGAUAGAGGAUGAACUUCAAAAAGGCCACACUCGUAAUGUUUCCGAUGCCAUUAUAUAUAAGCACCACAUGGAGAAGUUUUGUACUUGGUUUAGGGGUCACGUGAUGUCCCUCACUGGUGCUGAUAAGGAAAGGGAGGGAGUUAGUGAUACCCUUGUUGCAUGGUCCAAAUGGCUGUAUAUUUAUGUAAAGCGGUUCAAGCAUUAUGUCAUAAAUGACUUAAAAUUUAGGAGUGUAAAUGAUGAGGCAAACAGGAAAACGCAGAAUAGUGGAGUUAGUGUCGCUACUGAAGGGGGCAAUACUUACUAUGAUAAAAGCCACAAGGAUUGGUAUGCUAUUUUCAAAACUAAAGCUAGGGAUGCAUUUGAUGCUGGUGUUGGUCCCCAACGUGAGGAGUAUGACACAAAUAGUUUUUCUAAAAAUGCUCCCUACAAUAUAAGUACUAAUGAGGUUGUGAGUGACAACCUUCGUCGGGCUCAGGAUGAUCUAGAGGGAAUGACAAUUGAUGCCUCCAUCAUUGCUGAAAGAGAUCUUCAUGGAGUAAACAAUGAAGAUAAGUUUAUUGACGAUGAGUCUGACAAUGAAGAUGACAACAAGGAUGAGUACACCAAGGAUGAGUAG